AUGGUCUUAGAAGUAAAUACCUGGUAUGAGAAUAGUUGUGGUUUUGUGAAUUUUAUUAUAUUUAGGAAGGCAUCUCGAAGCGAGGACGACAAGGAUAGACGAGAUACUCAAAAAGAUCGAGGUUCUAAAGGAAGCGGGGUGAGUAGUAAAUCACGCGAGGUGAAAAAGGAGCCUGAAGAUGAGGAUAGGUCAAAACAGCGUGAUUCGUCAGCGAAGAGCUAUGGACUUGAGAAAAGGCCUAAAAGAGAAGCAGACGAGGACAACGGUCCAGAAGGAGAAUCGACACAGAAAUCAAAGGACCGUUGGGGAACAUCGGAAGGAUGGGGAUCAGACAAAAAGACUGCACCACCAGCAAAGGAGAAAGAAAAGGUGAACCUUGGAGUUAGUGGAAAGCUGGCUGAAGACACCAAUAUGUAUCGCGGUGUGCUCAUAAAAUACAAUGAACCGCCAGAGGCUAAGAAACCAACUCUGAGAUGGCGUUUGUAUCCGUUCAAAGGUGAGGAGGCAUUACCUGUCCUCCAUAUCCAUAGGCAGUCAGCGUACUUGAUUGGAAGAGACCGAAAGAUUGCUGAUUUGCCCAUUGAUCAUCCAAGUUGCAGCAAGCAACACGCCGUUCUUCAGUACAGAUCGGUACCUUUCGAACGUAGCGACGGUACGAAAGGACGGCGUGUGUUGCCUUACAUAAUCGAUUUGGGCAGCUCAAAUGGCACACUUCUCAAUGGAACGAAGAUUGAACCUCAGCGCUAUGUGGAAUUGAAGGAGAAAGACGUGCUCAAGUUUGGGUUCUCCAGUCGAGAAUUUGUUGUGUUAAAUGAGAAAUCGGCUGGAGACGAGGACGUAUCGGACGCAGAACGUGCUGCAUCUCCAGGCUCUGGCUAG